AUGGAGCAACCCCCUGGUUUUGCUAACCCACAGUUUCCGGACUAUGUAUGUCAUCAUAAAAAGGCCUUAUAUGUGUUAAAACAAGCUCCUCGUGCCUGGUUUCAACGCUUAAGCAUGUUUCUUUUACAACAAGGAUUUCGAUGCAGUCAUUCAGAUUCCUCACUUUUUGUUUUUCACAAGAACUCAUGCAUUUUAUAUUUGGUUGUUUACGUGGAUGACAUUAUUCUUAUAGGAAAUGAUGAGACUUCCAUUAAAAACUUUAUCACACGCUUGCAUACUGAGUUCUCUAUUAAAGACAUGGGUACCCUCAAUUAUUUCUUGGGCCUUGAAGUUGCUUAUACUCCUGAUGGUUUAUUUUUAAAUCAGUCCAAGUAUGCUCAUGAUAUAUUGACACGUGCGUCUUUAUUAGAUUCUAAACCUGUGGCUACUCCCUUGAGCACUAAUCAUACAUUUUUUUCCACUAGCACUCCUUAUUCCGAUCCAACUCACUAUCGUUUAUUAGUAGGUGCGCUACAAUACUUUACUAUCACUCGUCCUGAUCUUUCUUAUGCUGUCAAUCAGGCAAGGCAGUUUUUACAUGCUCCAACUAUUGAUCACUUUCAAAUGGUCAAACGCAUUUUGCAUUAUGUAAAGGGUACUCUUGCGUAUGGUCUUCAUUUUUCCAACAAAUCUUUGACCUCUUUAACUGGCUACUCAGAUGCGGAUUGGGCGCGUUGUAUCGAGACUAGACGCUCCACAUAUGGAUAUUCUAUUUUCUUGGGUGGUAACCUUGUCUCUUGGAGUGCUAAGAAACAGCCAACAGUUUCAAGAUCCAGUUGUGAAUCAGAAUAUCGUGCCAUGGCCAACACUGUUGUUGAGCUCAUUUGGGUUACUCAUCUUCUUUGUGACCUACAUGCUUUACCUCCGGGACGCCCUACAUUACUGUGUGAUAAUCUCAGUGCUUUUUUUCAGAGUCAAAAUCCCGUUUCCCACAAGCACGCCAAACAUAUUGAUAUUGAUUAUCAUUUCGUUAGACAAUUAGUUUCUUCAAGGAAACUUCAUACGAAAUUCAUUCAUACCAAGCUCCAGGUGGCUGACAUCUUCACCAAACCGUUGCCCAGACCAUUAUUUGAAGAUUUUCGCAGCAUGUUGCAUGUGUCAUCUCCAUCGGUUCGCUUGAGGGGGGAGGGGGGGGGGGGGGGUGUUAACGAUAAGAGAUAG